GGCAGCCCUCCUGCGGGUCCUUGUGCGGUUGCGUAGCAGCUGCGAGGACGCGAACGGAGCCGGAAGCGGAGUGCGGCGCUGAGAGAACCCGGCUGGCCCGAGGGACAGUGACAAGACCCCACACGCACACACCUACCCCGGGCUGAACGGCCAGGAGCCAAUGGCCAGCGACAAACCCAAACCCUGUGAGCUCAACCAAGAGAAAUACGAUGCUGAUGACAACGUGAAGAUCAUCUGCCUAGGGGACAGCGCUGUGGGCAAGUCCAAACUUAUGGAGAGGUUUCUCAUGGACGGAUUGUAUCCUUCAAGGUUUGCGGUGUUCUGUGUUCCUGUGGUCCUUCCCCCCUCAUGCCAACGCAACCUCACUGUUCACCCCUUCAUUCCAGUGGUCCAGGGAGGAGGGAUAGACUUUUGGGACACAGCAGGCCAGGAGCGGUUCCAGAGCAUGCACGCCUCCUACUACCACAAGGCCCACGCUUGCAUCAUGGUGUUUGAUGUGCAGAGGAAAGUAACCUACAAGAACCUGAGCACUUGGUAUACAGAGCUUCGGGAGUUCAGGCCAGAGAUCCCAUGCAUCGUGGUGGCCAAUAAAAUUGAUGACAUAAAGAUGACCCAAAAGAGCUUCAAUUUUGCCAGGAAGUUCUCCCUUCCCCUGUACUUUGUCUCAGCGGCUGAUGGUACCAAUGUCGUGAAGCUCUUCAAUGAUGCGAUUCGAUUAGCUGUGUCUUACAAACACAACUCCCGGGACUUCAUGGAUGAGGUUUUGCAGGAGCUUGAGAACUUUGAUUUGGAGCAGAAGGAGGAGGAAGUGCCAGACCGAGUGCAGCGUGGCAACAUCGAGAGCCCCUCCCCUUCCUGAGUCAGAGAAGGAAGCCUCUCUCCUCGUGGACUUUGGGGAGGGGGGUGGUAUCUUUCAGAAUACCCUCCCCUCAGCAACCCUCCAGCUAUGAAUUGAAAAAUUCUUGCAGGCCUGUCUGACCCUUCCACAGCUGUCCUUUUCCCUGGACUCGGACCGGGACAGGGUCUGCACCAGCAAGCACCCUGGACAGGUGUGAGAGAUCCACAGCGGACCCCGAAGCAGAAUUAGAGAUCAGUAGCCUCAGCCUCCCCAGGUUGUGUGGAAGCAGGGAAGACCUUCGGGAAACAUGCUUUGUGUCUCUCAAAUAAAAGGAAAUUGAGGUGUUUUCUCUCCCAGAACCGACCUCAGGGCCUAUUCAUUGCUUUUCCACCAAGGGAAUGAUUUCUAAUCCCUGACGGCCCCUAUUCCCACCCGUACAGAUUUGGGGCGGGGGGGGCCUCAAUUCUUUUUCCUCUUUAGUCUCCCAACCAACUUUUUUUCAGAAAUGGUUUUGAGCAGACAGCUGUUCCUAUCACGGGACAGGUUUACCAUUACAACCCAGGGAAACAGGUCACAAGUCCUGCCACCCUAAGCUGUUCUGCAAAGCACGUGCAUUUGGGUUCUAAGAAGAGCUUCCCUUUAAAGCCCCCGUUCCAGCCGAUGAUGCUUUCCUGCCCUUUUUGGAGGACUGUUGUGGUACUGCCCUGUGGGGCAGGGAGAGGGGCCGCCCUGCUGCCUUUCCCACUUCUCUCCAGGACUUGUGGUUCACUGGUGUGUUUGUAUGAUCAUCUUGUGCAUCAUCAUUUCCACUGUUCUCAUAUUUAUAGUAAAGUUUGAAUUAACAAACAUUUCAUGUAUGUGCAUGCUUGUGGGUCUGGAUUUUACUGAGCAAAAAGCCACAAAAUACCUUGAGAUAAUCAGCUAGAUGAAUGAAGGAAGCUGCCUUGAUCUGCCAUGUGAGGGCAGCCUGGUCAGCUCUGCUGUAAUGGAGACCAUUGCAAUGGAAUUUAGCGUUUUUUGUUUU